GCCGGGCCCAGUGCUGCAGGUUGUCCGGUAGGGUGCCCGCCGAGCUACGAGCAUGCUGUUGAUGUCAGGAGCAGAGGAGGGGAACGUGAGCAAUAGCUGAAAACUGUCGGUGCUCCUCUGCAAGGAAACGACCCGCGGUCACCCGGCAUGUUGAGCUGAACGUCUCCACCGACGCAUAAGCAGGCACCGCUCCUUGUUGUUGGUGUUUUUUUUAUUUUUUUAUUUGGGGUGGUGGUUAUUUAAUGGGACAACGAAAACGCAAAAAAACGCAAGGUAGGCUACCGCUCCUGUCGCCAGCUCUGCUACUUUACUUCCAUGGACUAAUACGACGCACACACACAUACACACAUACACACACACACACACACACACACACACAGGGGGGAAAUGUUUCACAGUAAGGUAAAGCACCCGAGGACAACGCGUGGCUCGUGGAGGUUUUGGGUCGGGCUCGUGAGUGCAUGAAGCGCUCGGACCUUGUGUUGUUUUGAAGGAGGAAAAAAAAAAAGGCUUCAUCUCUGCAUGCAUCGACCGACCACAUGAGAAGUCGACGUCCGGAAUAAAUUAAACCACAAAGAAAAGGCCUCCCCCCCCUUCUCUCUGUUGUGUGUGUGUGUUUUUUUUUUUUUUUUUUUUUUGCGUCGCUUUCACCUUUUGAACAGAAGAGGAGAAAAUGCGUGUGGAUUUGUUCUGGGUAUGUUUGUGGUGUUUCCUCCGUCCUGCUGCCGCCGGUCAAGGGCAGUCGACGGCUGUUUGUUCGCCCUCAUGCAGCUGCGAUGAAGAUGGGGGUGCAGACUGCUCCGGGAGAGGGCUGACCACCGUCCCGACAGGGCUCAGUGCUUUCACCUACUACCUUGACCUGAGCAUGAACAACAUCACUGAGCUUCCAGCAUUUGUAUUCAAGAACUUCCCCUAUCUGGAAGAACUACGACUUGCAGGGAAUGACCUGUCAUUCAUCCACCCUGAAGCCCUGUCUGGACUGCAUCAGCUCAAAGUCCUGAUGCUCCAGAAUAAUCAGCUGAAGACUGUGCCCAGUGCAGCCCUGAAGACUCUGCUUUCUCUCCAGUCUCUUCGGCUGGAUGCGAACCACAUCACCGCAGUUGCUGACGACAGUUUUGAAGGCCUUCAGCAGCUGCGCCACCUCUGGUUGGAUGAUAACAACCUGACGGAAGUCCCAGUCACUUCCCUGAGACACCAGGCGAACCUUCAGGCUCUGACGUUGGCGCUAAAUCGCAUCUCGAACAUACCAGACAACGCCUUCGCCAAUCUUAGCAGUCUGGUUGUGCUACAUCUUCAUAACAACAGAAUUAAGAAGAUAGGAGACACCUGUUUUUCUGGACUCGUGAACCUGGAGACACUAGAUCUUAACUUCAACAACCUGGUGGUUUUUCCCAAAGCAAUAGAGGCCCUGCCCAAACUGAAGGAACUCGGGUUUCACAGCAAUGACAUUGCCUCCAUACCUGAAGGGGCCUUCCAUAACAACCCACUGCUGCGAACCAUACAUCUGUAUGACAACCCUCUGUCCUUCGUGGGCGCCUCUGCCUUCCAGAAUCUGUCUGACCUGCACUCUCUGAUGCUGCGUGGGGCCAGCAUGAUGCAGGACUUCCCCAUCCUUACAUGGACUAAUAACCUUGAGAGUCUGACUCUGUCGGGAACCCAGAUAUCGGUCAUCCCCGCUGAUCUGUGUGAGAACCUCAAGUUGCUUCGGACGCUAGACCUGUCCUACAAUGAGAUCAAGGAGCUACCGUCCCUCCAGGGCUGCAUCCGACUGCAGGAGAUAAGCUUUCAACACAACCAUAUUCAACAAAUUGACAGGGACACUUUCCAGGGUCUCUCUGCACUCCGUUUACUAGACCUGAGUAGAAAUGAAAUCCGGGUUAUCCACAGAGAUGCUUUCCUCUCCCUCACUGCCCUCACAAACCUUGAUCUGAGUAUGAACUCUCUGACUGUGAUUCCAACAACUGGACUGAGCGCACUCAGUCAGUUGAAACUCUCGGGGAACCCACAGAUGAAAAAUGUUUUGACUGCUAAAAACCUGCCCAAACUCAGGUCCAUCUCUGUCCCUUAUGCCUACCAAUGCUGUGCAUUCGUUGGAUGUGACUCAUUGACGGGCUCAUCUGAGGAAAACAACUUUAAGAAAUCUACAGGAGGGGAGGAUGUGGAAAGAAUUUCAAUGAUUAUGCAUUGCUCUCCUUCACCUGGAGCCUUCAAGCCUUGUGAGCACUUGCUGGGGAACUGGAUGAUUCGUCUGACCGUCUGGUUCAUCUGUCUGGUGUCGUUGGUCUUUAACAGCCUGGUGCUGGUGGCCACCUUCUCCCCCACACACAGAACCGCAGGCCACUCCCACUCCCUCACUCCGUCUCUUUCCCCGGCCCGGCUGCUGAUGGGGCUACUGGCCCUGGCCAACCUGCUCACAGGCCUGUACGUCGGCGUGCUGACCGUGCUCGACGUUGCCACCUGGGGCUCGUUCGCUGAGUUCGGUGUGUGGUGGGAGAUGGGACCUGGCUGUCAGGUCACAGGAGCUCUGGCCGUCUUCUCGUCAGAGUGGGCCGUCUUGUUACUCUCACUGGCAGCUGUGGAGCGCAGCGUGGCCGUGCGUACGAUACUCGGGAAGGUAAUGAUGUCACCCAGGAGGAAUGUCGGCAGCCAUCGCGGGUGCUGGAGAGGAGAUCGACGCUUCAGUCUUGCUGCAGGACUGCUGGGGCUUCUGGCUGCUGCCGGAGCCUGCCUGCCUCUCCUGACCUCAGGUGACCAGUCCGCCUCUCCUCUCUGCCUGCCCUUUGCUGGUGGAGAGAGCCCAGCUCUGAGUGUUACAGUUGUUCUGGUGCUGCUCAAUGCGCUGGCUUACUUGUUCACUGCAGCUGUGUACACCCAGCUGUACUGCCACCUGGGCAGGGUGGAGCUGGCAGAUCCAGAGCAGACAGGUGCCCUGCGACACGUGGCCUGGCUCAUCUUCACCAACUGCAUCUUCUUCUGCCCAGUGGCAGCUUUCUCCUUCGCCCCUCUCUUAACUGGCUCUACAGCCGGCGGCCCAGAGAUCGCCAAGUCUGUCACCCUCAUUUUCUUCCCGCUGCCUGCAUGCCUGAACCCAGUGCUGUAUGUGUUCUUCAGCCCGGCCUUCAGGGAGGACUGGCUGAGGCUACGUGGCCGCGGAGCAUUGACCAGGGAAGUGAAGGCUGGUACUGAAAGUCACGGAGACGAUGGUGGGGGAGGGUCGGAGCUCACAGACGGUGGCUCCUCCACCCACCUGGGCUUUGACUGUGGGAUGUACUCACAGCUUUGUGGAGAGACAGUUGUGUGCGAGCAGUGUGAGGCUGCUCUGCAUGCCAGGACCUGCUCUUCUCCCUCCUCCUCCACAGUCUGUAGACACUUGAUGAAGUCUCACAGCUGUCCCACCCUCCUGGCGGGAGCAGCAGUCUGCCAGCGUGCUGAGGGUUUUUGGGCAGACAGCGGCACGCCCUCCGCUCAGUCUGAGUACGCAGACGAGGGGGACUCGUUUGUGUCGGACAGCUCGGACCAAGUUCAGGCCUGUGGCAGAGCCUGCUUCUGUCAGAGCAGAGGCCUUCCUCUGGUACACUACUCAUACAACAUACCUCGGGUCAAAGACUAAGGACGCUUCAGAGCUCCAUUGAGUCUGUGUGCACAGAUCUCUCCGUCAUGUGAAUUUAGAUUCUACAAGAAUAUAUAAACAUUUUUAUAUCAAACAACAAAAUGUGCCAACUACCCUGCUAAAAGACUUUUCAGCAAGCACUUAUGUUUGUAAUUACUGUGUUAACAGAGAUGAAACCGAUCAUUUAAAGGGAACUUGGUGUGCUUUUUGAACUUGGAGACCAUUUCUACUUGAGCUGAACUGAGCACAUCAUGUUACAAACUGGUCGACAAAGGAGCUCGCAAAGGAAAAUCUUGCCACCAGUGCCUGCAUCUUGCUUUCGAUUGGAUCUCAUGAUGUUGCGAGCCUCAAUGUAUGUGUCAAAGAUUUUGUGAUUUCUGUGUUUUACCUGUGCUUAUAAGCUUUUUUUAAUUUUAAUUGUUACACAUCUUGUCAAUUUUUAGGGUUUCUUCACAGCAACUGUUGAUUUUAUACUUUGAUUUUUUUUACAUAAAUGUAGCAAAUGUAAUAAUAAUCCUAGACUUUUCUGUGUGAAUGUAACUUUCAGGUGGUCUUCACCUACCAGAGGGGUAUAGUGUAAAGUCAGCAAUAACCUCUGCCCUGCCUGUGAUCGUAAUCUAUCAGCGUGAGAAUGGUAUAAGAAAACGCUAGUCUAUAAUAAACACGUCUUUGCUUUAAGUUACUAAGACUAAGAAUGUGAUAAAAGUAGCAGAUAUCACUGUUAUAGCAACAGCUAUGCUUGGUGGCGGUGAACAAUGUUAUUUAUUGUUUGAGCAGCAGGAGGGUGGAGAUGAUUUCAGGUGGCCUUUGAAUGAUGGAUAUACAAUUUAACUCAAGCAUUCACCAAAACAACAGCACUUCUCUUUGUUAAGUUCUUCAUCAAAAACUAUUACACACAUUUUUUUUCACCAUAAUGCUGUUUGAUUAUCAAACCAUUUCAUUUUUUAAAACUGCAGUGCUACAUCAAGCCCAACUUAAAAAAUGUUUUUUAACGUUUCAAUAAUUUAGAAAAACGUUUUAUCAGACGGUCUGAUUACAUCGGCUGUCUGAACUAUUGUAGACUCAUUGCUCUGUUGAGUACGGUGUGUUUAAUAAGCACAACUGUUUACUUUCAAUAAAACCUUCCAAUUGAUGUUAAAAAGUUCACAUCGAUCAAAGAAAUGAUUUAACAUUUUGUGAAAUAAAUUUUGUCGCUGUCUUGCUGACAGUAAGGUGAGAAGAUUAAUACCACCAGUCACAUAUCUGUAUGCAAAAUAUUAAGCUACAGCCAGCUGCUGGUUAGCUUAGUUUAGCAUAAAGACUAGAAGCAGAGAGAGAAACAGCUAGUCAUUUUAAUCUAUUCAAAAACUGAAAGAUUAAACAAAUAUAACAAGAUACAACAUAAUCGUGACCUUUAAAUUUGCUAGUUUGCUACCUUUGGACGGAGAGAAAGGCUAGCGGUUCCCCCUUGUUAUCAGACUUUAAGCUAAGCUCCAUAUUUCACAUACAGAUAAAGUGUGGUAUUACUUUUCUGAUUUAACUUUGGGCAUUUAAGAGUGUUUCCCAACUGUCUCAAAAGAAGAAUACAUUAACCUUUGGAUUUAUUUUGCUUCAAUAAACGUUGAAGUUUGGUCACCAACAAGCAACAAACAGGAAAUCCCCAAAUAAGCUGAAUGAACUGUAGUUACACAAGUCGAAUUUAUGAAAGAGUGAUAGCUGACAUAAAUUACUUGUUGGUUUAAACGUAUCAUUCAACAUAAUUUUGGCUUGUGAGCGACAAGUUAAACACAUGAAUACCGUCCAAGUUAAGCACGUGAAUAUAAUCCCACUCUUCCACUUCUUCCAACACGAUGUGAAAGCAGCACAAGACUGGCAGCCAGCUGAGUCAACAAGAACGUUUUCAAGCAGUGCCAAAAAGUAUAAAAUGGACUAUUAGAAUUCAAAUGUGAGUGAUUUUAUUCUACUACAGAUAUUUAAAGACAAGUAUCUGCAGUGUGGAUCUUUUUUUUUCUGUUGAGGUACUUUAAAGCUCUACAGUGCAGUCAUUUUGAUUAGAAUAAAGUGCCAUAUUGGUAUAAAAGUAUGAAAAUAAGAGGAAUUAUUUUUAAACUAAUUAACUGCUUCCUGUGUCUUUCCAAUCCAGUAAUAUUAUGGACACUAACUGUAUGUACAUUUCACUCUGGAUUAUUGUACAGGUCUACAUAAGAGCAUCAUUAUAUAGUAUAGUAUAUUAACAAGGAUAUAUUUUCAUGCUAAGAGUUGACCUGAGUUAGUCUGUGUGUGACGAGGGAUUGACUGACAGGUGGUGUGCUGGAGCAUGACUGCACAUAUUAAAGGUGGAUACACCCUCAGAGCGUGUUUCCACAAGUGCACGUCAUGUGAGUGCUCAGGAAUUUAGGCAAUGUAGGGAAACGUUUUCUUCCACCAACAAGACAUUCUUGUGUACUUAUAAUUCACCACUUAAUUUGAAUCUUUUGAAUUUUAUUUCUGUUUCCCUCGUAGGCUUUUGUCUCGACCGGGUGUGUACUUUUUUGCACCAACCAAAGUGUCCGUUGAUUGUUUGAGAUUUCCCAUCUGGUGAAAAUGUACAAAUUUCUUUUGUAAGUAGGCUGGUUAUUAUUUUUUAUUUUAUUUCUAUGUAAAUUAUUUGAAACGAAAACAAGUAAUCAAGAAUGGGAUGCUAACUAAGGAAGCUACCUCCUCGACUGCAGUGGCUACCAGCAGUGCUUUGUAAAAGAAAUGUCUGUUUCUGUUUUUUUUAUUUUGUCUUUUUUUUUUAUUGCAUUCUUAGCUUUGUGUUGACACGUGGUUGUACAUCAUCAUUUUAGAUAAGUGCAAAUUGUGGGAGGAAUUUAUGUACUGUAUACUGUGAUUUAUUUUUAACCAAACUAUAAACUAUGACAUUUUUUUGUUUUAUCUUUUAUAGAUACAAACUUGCAGAAUAAUACGGAUUAUAAAAAUAAUCUCCCUUAAUUUCAGUUCAAAAUAAAAUCUUAUUUGUAGUUUUUCAUGUGAGAUCUCACAUUUAUUUUAUCUGGUUCAAGUAGAAUAAUAAUUAUAUAAAAUUCUGAAUGAAUAAAAUUGGAAGACCGCAAUGAUUUUUAUUUACCUUUGUGUUAAAAUUGAAAUUACAGCAACCAUUAUCUUCAUCAAGUAUUUUAUCAUAUCUGAAAUGAUUGUACUUUUAACAGAUUGAUUUUGGGACUGGAGAUAGUAUAGACAAUUCUGUUCAUUGCAAUAUGUCAUAGAAAGGUCAGUUACCCUGAAAUUUGAAAUAUCGACUCAAAUCCUACAUAUUUUUCUCCCAGCAGAGUUCCACAUUGAACUCUGAACAUCAGUCCGACAGGCUGCCCAAUGGCCUCAUGGGAAGGCAGGUCGUUCUUUAACCGCAGUGCUGGAAGUGUCUUAAACCAGCUGUCCAAUCAAAGAUAAGAAAGUGUCUCAUCUCUGCUCAGAAAAAUGUCCAGAGACAGUCCUACACUUUGGUCUAGACUGAUAUGUCUCGACAAUUUGUACAGACAUUGACAG